AUAUAUUUAUAUUUUUUGUAUAAUUAAUUCAUCGAUAGUUAGAUUUCUACAAUAAAAUAAGUUUUUUUUUUAUUAAACUAACUAAUUAAUUAAGUUCAAUAGUAGCUAGGGACAAAACCAUUUUUUUUCCUUAAAUAAAAUACGAAAAGAGCAAGAGGAUCAAGAAUGCAUGAUUAGUCAUUGCAACUCGAGACAUUUCUGUGCAAAUUAAUCAAUGACUACAAAUUCACAAUAGCCAAAAACAUUUAUGUAAAGGAAUAAAAAAACAAACAAACAUAUUUUUCGAAUAAACUCAAAAGAGAUUUUGUUUGCAUUUGAGAUUGCAUGCGCAUUGCAUGCCAAAGGAGAGAGAGAGAUGGAGAAAGAACAGCGGAGGAGGAAGAUAAUCGCGCGGGGGACAGAUCGCAUGGCGCUGAUAACGGGUCGGAUCAACACACUGGAUCCGGAUCCGAUUUCAAAGUGUUCUUCGUUUUCCGUCAACCGCCCAGAUCUUCCUCCGCCGCAGCAUGCCCGCUCAUCAUCCGAGCCUCUCUCAGCCAACGACCAAGCCUUCUUCCAAUAUGGUGGAUGCGACGUUCCUAACAUAAAAGCCAAACACGACCAUGUUGAGGAAGCAUCUACAGCAAAGGAUUCAAGAAGCAGAGCUGCCGAGGUGCACAAGCGCGAUCAGAAAGAGUUGGCAGCUGCAUUAACAUCAAAAAAUGCACACUCAUCUCACAGAAACUACCUCAGUCUUCUUAACCCAAUCAUCAAUGCACAAGCAAUAAAUUCGAGCCUUUCAUCAUCGGAGGAUCUACGAGCAAUCUGUUCUGCUUUGCUAGGCCUUGUUGUGGUUGUGUUUCAGAUUGUCUAUCACUACACAGUUGGGAAACCAAAGAGCCUUGUCGCGUUUAGGCCUCUUUAUAUGGUGGCGCUGACUGACUUUCUUAUAGUCGCUGUAAGGCUCGUGCCUCAAGUAAGAACGAAGAAGGAGGAAGAGCCCAAGUAUGAGGAUGACGACGACAAUAACUUGGAUGGAGCCGUGAAGCUGCUGGAGUUGGGCUUGGUUUUGUACCAGAUGUUCUAUGCUAUCUUCAUAGACUGCAGUUUCUACUUGGUGGUUGUCAUACUUGGCCUUGCUCUGGUGUAAUGAAGCUCGGGAUUCAUCAAUUCUGGCCCACAAUUGGCUCUCCAUAUGAUUCGUUUUUGUCAAGGCCUGGGUUCUGAAAUUUGAACUAUUCUGCAAGAUGAUGAAGGAUAAUGGAAAAGCUUUGUUGGUGAUAUUGCACAUAUGACAGUAAAUAGACAACCAUUUUCGACUACAGGGGGAUUGGAUGAUUCAGAAGAGUGUAUAUGCAGAGUGAUGGCUUUUCCUAUCACAUGAACUUGGAUCUCCAUUUGUGGUUUAGGUUUACAUACUGAUUAGUUUCGCAAUUUAGGAAUAUUUUUGCUGGAACUUCACGAUCUGAUGGAUUGAUAUGCAAAUUCUAGGUGUAUUUGACUCAUAGAAUGAUUUAUUCUUUGUUGCUGUUAUAAAUGUUUUAGUGUGUUUAUGUAUGAUGAUUGUUUGAGAUUGGAUCAUUUCUGGAAAGUUUUUUAUGUA